UUCACCCUCUCUGGCCCCAAGUUUGUGCGCGGCCCGCAGGUGGUGCAAACGCCCCAGCUCUCCGGCGCCCCCUGCUGGCGAGAGGGGAAGGCGGCCGCGGCUGCGGAGCCUCCCUGGGCACGGAGCAGGGAGAGAGCUCGGGCGCCGAGAAGAAGCCGCGAGCUUCCCUGAUGGUGCCGCCGCCUCCACCGAGCCGGGGAGGAGCAGCCAAGAGGCAGCUGGGCAAGAGCCUGGGGCCGCUGCUGCUACUCCUGGCGCUGGGACACACGUGGACCUACCGAGAGGAACCCGAGGACCGCGACAGAGAAGUGUGCUCGGAAAACAAGAUCACCACGACCAAAUACCCGUGUCUGAAGUCUUCGGGCGAGCUCACCACGUGCUUCAGGAAAAAAUGCUGCAAAGGAUAUAAAUUUGUUCUUGGACAGUGUAUUCCAGAAGAUUAUGACAUUUGUGCCCAAGCUCCCUGUGAACAACAGUGCACGGAUAACUUCGGCCGCGUGUUGUGCACGUGUUACCCGGGAUACCGAUAUGACCGCGAGAGACACCAAAAGCGCGAGAAGCCGUACUGUCUGGAUAUCGAUGAAUGUGCCACCAGCAACGCCACUCUGUGUGCACAUAUCUGCAUCAACACCAUGGGCAGCUACCACUGUGAGUGUCGGGAGGGCUACAUCCUUGAGGAUGAUGGGAGGACCUGCACGAGGGGAGACAAAUACCCCAAUGACACUGGGCGUGAGGAGAAGUCCGAGAAUGAGGUGAAAGCCGGGACCUGCUGCGCCACAUGCAAAGAGUUCUCCCAGAUGAAGCAGACCGUGCUGCAGCUGAAGCAGAAGAUUGCGCUGCUCCCCAACAACGCUGCUGAACUGGGCAAAUAUGUCAAUGGUGACAAGGUGCUGGCCUCAAACGCCUACCUUCCAGGACCCCCUGGCCUGCCUGGGGGACAGGGCCCACCUGGCUCACCAGGACCCAAAGGGAGCCCUGGAUUCCCCGGUAUGCCAGGUCCUCCCGGACAGCCAGGCCCACGGGGCUCAAUGGGACCUAUGGGACCUUCCCCUGACCUGUCUCACAUUAAGCAAGGCCGGAGGGGCCCCGUGGGCCCACCAGGAGCACCUGGAAGACAUGGCUCCAAGGGGGAGAGAGGAGCACCCGGACCCCCAGGGUCUCCGGGACCCCCGGGUUCUUUCGACUUCCUGCUGCUUGUGCUGGCGGACAUUCGAAAUGACAUCGCAGAGCUGCAGGAGAAGGUGUUUGGACACCGGACUCACUCUUCCGCGGAGGACUUCCCCCUACCUCAGGAAUUCUCCAGCUACCCAGAGACGCUGGACUUUGGCUCUGGGGAUGACUACUCCAGAAGAACUGAAGCAAGGGACCCCGAGGCCCCAAGAAACUUUUAUCCAUAGCGCAUCCCAUAUCUUCACACCACCAGAAGAGAAGCAUGCCUUUGGCCUUCCCCUUUCUCUGUUUCCAAACCCUGUUUUCCAAGUUUCCUGUGCAUCACACUAGCAACGGAUGCGAUGGGCUAACGUGCUGUUCUUGAAGAGCCAAUGGGUGGUUGGCAUCAGGGCUUUCUUCGACAUCCUAGUUUUUCAAGAGCUUUUCUGUUUCUGAGUUCAUCGUUCCCACAGAAUCUUCGGUUUUGGCAGAGUGCAAAAGAGGGAGAAAUGGCAACAUGGGUUCUUAGGAGUGUAAGGUUCCUUCUGAAAAGAAAAUAAUGUUCAAAUACUUGACUAUUCAUUCUCUACUGUCAGGAGUAAGGCUUUUCAGUGGUGGGGGGUGGAGGGGUGUGGAAGAGCAACCAUGGAGAAUGGCAUUGGUAGAAAAUGACUUUCCUUAUCAAUGUCCCAGAUUUCAAAUUCUGCAUCCUGUUUUCCAACUUGAUGGGGUUUUUUUGUUUUGUCUUGUUUUGGGGUUUUUGUUUGUUUGUUUGUUUGUUUUUAAAUUUGGUUACAGAAACAAGAGACUGGAAAGAAUGUGUUCGGAGAAAUAGAGAAUUAGCCUUAUAUUUCCUGUCACAUAGGUUGCCACAAUUUAGAAUUCAGAUAUAACAGUCAUUGAUUUGUGCAAAUCCUACAUGGAGGAGGGGAUUUGUGUAUAAGGGCUUGAUCAUGUUUUCCAGGGGCCUUGGGGUAAGGAAACACUCUGUGCAUACUAGAACAGAGGGCUCCUGGAGGCCAGGACAACUGAAGACUAUUUGGUUAAAAACGGUGUCCUGCUCCAUACAUGUUGAUGAUUUGUGAAAUAAGAUGGCUGACAUUUAAGAAGAAGUACAAGAUGCCCUGUCACUGACAGGGUGGCCAGACGUGUUAGCAAGGCCUGAUCCAGGCUGAAUCAAGGCUGGAGGGAAGUUGCUGGCCUGGAAUCUUGGCCAAGGAUGGCAGGGGGACAUUGAGAAGUGCUUCGCUAAAAGUAGAUCACCGGAGGCAGAUGAAUCAGCUCUUAAGAGAUUUGAAGUCCUCACCAGGGCCAGCCAAGCUUACCAGCACACUUGGAAUAGCAUACAGAUGAGAGGUCUUUGAGAUAGAGAAAGAGGAGUUUUUGAUAAAUUGGAAUAAUUUUCCACUAUUUCCCCUUGAUUUUGGUUAAAAUCCCUGUUGUUCUAGAUCUCCUUGACUUUUUGUCCUGGGCCACAUGGAGAUGGCUUGGAGGUCAGCACAUUUCCCAAUGUCUCCCUGAGUCCCUUCUUGGGGUACGUCAAGAUCCCCAGGGAAUCAUGUUCCCAGAAAGGAGCAAGAAGCCAGCAGGUUCCUUCUUGGUGCCUCUGGGUUCUUGUUUCAGGGAUCGGCUCCCGGGCUCCUGUGGAACACUUUCUCCUUGGGUGUGCAGCAGGCUCCAUGACCUUGCUCACAUGGUCGCCCACACCAGGGUCUCGGUUUGCUAUCCUGCAGUGCCCCCUUAUAUUUCUAAGAAGUUUGCGGUUGCAUUUAUCUUUUCCCUAUAUCACUUAAGCCUCCAUUGUCUUCCCACACCUACUGUGACAACUUGUUGGAAGGAAACUGCUAUUGGUUUGCAUGACAUUGCAUCCACCAUCCACUCUUCUUUCUGAGCAAUGAGGAGGGGCUCUGUCUACAGAGCCAGCCAGAGCCUAGUGGUCUUUCACCUCCCCUCCCCCAGUUCCCUACCCUCCUGGUUCUCUUCCCUUUCUUUUCUCUCUUCUUCUCCUCCUCUUUUGCUCCCUUUCUCCUCCCUUUCCUCUAUCCCUAUCCUUGCUUCCCUGCCUUUCCAUCUCUCCCUUCAAUUCUCUUGCUUGCUUCCUCCCUCCCUCCCUCUCUACUUCUCUCCCAUCUUUCUCCCUUUCCACUCCCUCCCUUCCUUCCUACCUACCUACUUACUUCCUUCUCUUUUUUCUCCCUCAGUUCCCUCUCUCUGCUCCCUCCCUCCUUCCCUCUGUGCUUGCCUGCCUAUCUUCCUAUCCACUUAGAAAGGCAGGAUUCCCACACACUCCCACCCAAAUCCCCAGUGGCUGUCCACCAGUGGUCCAUGAUGAAGGCAAACUCACACUUGCAUUGCUUGCUUGCUGUCUCUCCCUCCUAACCCCCUUCAGUCUCUCCUGAACCUGAGCAUCACCACAGAUGGCCUUGCCAACUGUGGCUUCCUGAAGAGAUGGCUGCAACCACAGUCAAGUGCCACAUGGAAUCUAUUUAGUGCUUGCCUGCUUAUAGAACCCAUCAUUUAAAGGAUGUGGAUGGAUGAAUUCUCAAAACUAUGCACAGGCUCUGUGAGCAAUGAUUAUGUCCAUCUUUUUUUAUGAGGAAUUUUAUAACUACUUUUUAUGUCUACUUUUUUUAGACAGUGAAAUGUAUGUAGAAAUAUAAUCUUUAUUGCCAAAUGCUGGUAAAACACAAGCACACUCCAUGUUUGGCUGGAGGCCAGGAUAAUGUUCUGAAAGAAUGAAGAGAAAGUCAUAAUAUCUGGGAUUCAUGAGUCUGUCUAGAUAAUUAUCUCCAGGAAAACAUAAUAGCCUAUAUUUUGUAAUCACAAUAUGCCAUGUCAAUUUAGAUAAUCAUUACUCCUCAGAUUUUCAAAACUUGGACUACUAACUAACUACAAGACCAAAGCAUGUCCUCUACUUGUCCAAAUUAUGGAUUUUUAGUGAUAAGGCAUUAUUGCUCACAUAUCUUUUAGUUGUAGAGAGAAAAAAAAUCAAAGCUUUUCUGUCUAAACAAACUUCUGCUCAAAAUACCAUAGGAAGGCCUUUGGGAGGAAGGAUAGUUCAGAACAGAUUUACCGAGACACUUCAUAUCUCACGGGGAAAAUGAUUUAGUUUUUUUAUACCUUCAACCCUUUAGUAGAAAUGGUCAACUUUUCUAAUAUUUCCACUGGUUAAGACUUGGUUAUGAAUUGCCUCUGUGUUUAUAAAGCUAUGAGAAUAAAAAUUCACUGAAAAUAAUAUAAAGGAGACUUUCAUUUUAGUUCAGGAAAAUUAAAUUUUCCAAUUCCAGAAGGAAAAAUAAUCAACUUUCCUGUGCCAGAUAAGUGUUAGGAGCCAGGUGUGGUGGUGGACACCUGUAAUCCCAAUACCUAAGAAGCAGAGAUAGGCAGAUAGGGAGUUCAAGGUCAGCCUCAACUACAUAACAAGGGUAAGGCCAGCCUGGGCUAUCUGAGAGUCUAUCUCCAAAUAAUAAUUAUGAUGAUAAUAAUGUGAUGAUAAUAAAUGAUAAUAAUGAAUAGAGGACUAAAGAGAUGGCUCAGAGGUUAAGAAUUCUUGCUGCUCUUACAGAGAUGCAGAGCUCAGUUUCCAGCUCCUACACAGGCAGCUCACAAACACCUGUAAGCACAGGUCCAGGUGAUCUGGUGCCCUCUUCUGGCUUCCAUAGUACCUGCACUCACAUGCACAUGCACAUAGAUAUACAAACACAUAAUUACAAAUAAAGUCUUUUUUAAAGGAGUGGGUACAAAGAGGAUGCUGCCUUUUCUUGCUUUCUAUGUUACUUUCCAAUACUUGCUACAGAAUUAACUAAAGUCAUAUUGCUGUGUGGAGUCAGUCCAUUGUCCAACAGGAAAAUUAUAAGUGCCCAAUGAUCUUGGAAGAAGUUUUGGCCCAUCAAAGGCCAGGUGCAGAGCACCCUGGUAGACCCAGGUAAGUCAUGUUCCCUUUCCAAGGUUCUGAACAUCCUUGGCCUUGGAAGUACCACUAUCGGGCACGUUGGCACAGAACUUCUUCAUGACCAUCCAUCAAACUUUACCUUGAGGUCUCAGGAAGCAACCCCCUAUCUUAUUGUGAGCAUCAUUUUCCUCCUCUUCCAGACUCAAAGAGACAGCCUCAGGAGCCUCCUUCUGCAAGCUUAUCUUCCAGACAACUGUUCUAAAAGGGAAAGCUAUUGGCUGGAAUCUGAGCCAAGCAACUAGUACAAUAGAGGCUUCUAUUCUAUUCAGGGAAAUACAUGGGUCAUUUCCAGACACAGUAAUCAUGUAUGUUUCACAACAUGUCAAAAAUAAUUUUCUAUUUGGAUUUUUUAAAGGGCUGUCUUUGUUAAAGCUUCAUAUACUCUUCCUACAAAUGUUAUCAUCAUAGGAAAAACCAUGAAAAAGGACAUAUGGGCUAUCCAUUCCUCAGGGAGCUCAGCGUGUUUUGUCCGGUUCCCAGAGCUUGAUCCCUGAGUGGUUCUUGAGUCUGUUUUUAUUUCUCAGUAACUGGUCAUAUACUUCAGUAUCUCUGUCCAUUAUUUAUAUCAGAUCUUAUAAGAGUCAAACUGAUAUCCCAACAGUCAUGGAUGUAAUACUAUGAAGUGCAUUUGUAUGACUGUAUAUGCUUAAUAACAAAGUUAUUUUUCUUA